AUGGCUUGUGUGGUGAUCAAGGCGAGCGUGCACGGGCAGCCACUCGCUCGCCGCGUGUCGUUCAAGGAUGCACACUCCGGACUCGCUCGCAACCAAGACCGCGACGACGACAACGACCUGAUCGAACUCGCAACCACCGCCGACCUCGUCGAAUGCCUCGACUACUUCGCGACAGACCCCUCGCUCUCCUCCGCCUCUUCCUCUUCCUCCUCACUCGGCAGACCCCCCGCAUGCAUCACCGUCAAACUCGAACUCAUCGUCGAGUACGACGGGCCCAGUCUGAGCGAGACGGACGCCGCGUCGAGCGUGUGGUCUGCGAAUAGGUUCGCGGCCGGUCCUGCGAGUCGGGCGAGUUCGUUUGGAGGAGAGAGGGAGGCAGUCUUGAGGAGGUGGAGGAUGCAGCAGCAAGAGGCGACCGUCGAUCGAGGCGAGCAAGAGGCCGCGGACGCAGCGAGCGACGACUGGAUCCGUCGACCUGCUUUCGCCGUCGCCGUCGACUCGGUCUCCUCUUCAGCGUCCGCAUCCGCCAUCGACGCCGACAACGAGCAAGACUGGGACACCCGCACCGUCUCAUCCGUCUCCUUCGCUCCCAGCCCCCUUUCCAACCCACGCCCGUCCGCCCGCCGCCCGACGAACGGAUCAGAAGACGCCCUCUAUCCCAACUUUGCUCCUCCACCGCGCUGGCUCGCUUCCCUCGGUCCGGCUGGCCAACCGCCUUACCCGCUCCCGUUCUCGUUGUCGCCGUACUCGGCACCGAGAUUACCGGUUGUCGUACGCCCCGAGCAUGCUGUGAACGCGGGCGGGAACGACUACCCGCUUCACGCCUUUGCGCCGCACCCAUCUUACCCGCUCUUUCCCCCGAUCCAUCCGUCCUCCGUACGAUCCGUCGCGAACUCGUUCUCGGAUCUCGAGAUAGGCGGCGGAGGAGCGAGUCCGAGUCAGAGCUUGCGCGAGAGGGUGCAGGACUUGUUUGCGCCGAGUUCGGACGAGGAGUCGCUUCUUGAAGGGGGAGGGGGAGGGGAUCCGUUGAUGGGACGAGAGGUACAGACUGACUCGCUCUUCGCGCCUGCGAGGAAGGCCGAGUCGAGCUACACCGUCACAGACUCGGACACCGACUCCCUCCUUCCCCCUCCCGCUCCCGCUCAGAACGCAGACAAGCACGCCACCCUCCGCGUCCGCGCGCGCAACUUCGUCCUGGCAGGCGAGUACUGGUGCGCUGAGUGUGGUCGCAAGAUUGAGGGCGCGAGGUAUUCGUGUGCGGUGUGCGAGGGGUUCGAUUUGUGUCGCGAUUGCGAACUCGGACCUACCUCCCGCUAUUCCUCCCGCCGCCCAAGAGGGCCCGAAACGAUUCCCCUCCUGCACGACCCCUCCCACAUCCUCCUCAAGAUCCCCAUCUCCCUCCCCUCCUCCUCCUCCUCUUCCGCCCUCGCUUCCGCGAGAGAGUUCGCCUCUUCCCUCUCACACCCCGCUCCACCCGCUGCUGCUCCCGAAGGGUCAUAUCUCCAAGACGGAGACCUCUCUUCGUACUGGUCUUGGUGGCAGAGAUGGUAUGCGCAGAUGCAGGAGGGGGAGGGGGAGGUGGAGGUGUCGAAGCAUUCUUGGGACGCGAUCGAGGGACGGACGUCGGCUGGUGUGAAUGGGAAGGGGGAAGGGAGGGAGAGGCAUACGUAUCCGCCCACAUCGCCUGCGCAGCCUGCACCUCCUGCUCCGCCUGCUCCGCCCGCUCCACCCUCACUCGCCUCCUCCGCGUCGCAGCAAUCAGCCAUCGUCCGCCCCUCCACUUUCACGCGCUUCUCAUCCCCUCACUUCAGCCACUUUGCGCUCGCCUCACACGGCGUUCGGUGCCGCAAUUGCGGUGAGAUGAUCGUUGCUUCGAGUGGAGGCGGAGGGGAGGGAGGAGAGGAGAGGGGAGUGAGGUGGUUGUGUGGGAAUUGUCCGACUGUGCCGAGUUACGACCUUUGCCCUACUUGCGAACCGCUCUCGACACGCAUCCACGACCCUACACACACCUUCCUGCGCCUCACACACCCUCUCCGCCGUUCACUGCCCAGCAUCUCGCAAGGCCUCUUGCCGGUCCUCUGUCUGCCCCCGACGAAGGAGCAGGAGGAGGAGGAGGGAGAGGGAGAGGUGGUGCAUCGGACGGUCAUUUGCGAUGCGUGUGGAAUGAGGAUCAAGGGUGCUUGGAUGAGGUGUUGCCACUGCCCCACCUCGUACGACCUCUGCCGCCCCUGCCUGCUCUCCUCCGCCCCAAUCGCAGCAGGCCACAACCCCUCGCACGUCUUUGCAGCCCUCAAGCGGCCUGUCGAUCUGGAGUUGUUGAAGAGCGUGACGAGGAUCACGAGUAGGAGACCGAGGGGGUUGGUCGAGUGGGAUUUGUAUGCGUAG